CCUGCACCCAAGCAGAUGCCUUGCUGGACCACCGACGCCAUCGUGCCACCGGCCGUCUUUUCGCAGCAGAUCGCUGAGGGCGACGACGUUGUCUACCGCAGCCUGCCGGGCGCCGCGCCGCUGGACGCGAUGACGCUUAUCGGCAGCCUCGCACGCACGGCGCGGCAGUUCCCGACGGCGCCCUUCUUGGGCCACCGGCCCAUCGAUGCGCUCGGCGUUGCGGGCCCAUUCCAAUGGCAAACGUACGCAGAGUGCUAUGCGCGCGUCCAAGCGAUCGCAGCCGCCUUUGUGCAGCACGAGAUGCUGGAGCCGACCGACGACGGCCAUACGUUCCUCGGCAUUUACAUGAAGAACCGACCCGAGUGGGUGCUUUCGCAGUACGCAGCGUUCUUCGCCGGCGCGGCGGUCGUGCCCAUCUACGACACGCUGGGUGCGACAUCAACGGAAUUCAUCCUCAACGAGACCCGCCUCUCGACCGUCGUCUGCACGUCCGCCGAGGUGGAGACGCUCCUCCAGCGCGCGCCGCGCUGCCCGCACCUUCGACACAUUGUCGUUUGCGACGUCGCGUCGCUCGAGCGGCCUCUGGUUGCAGCCGCGGCGGCGCGCGACCUCCGGCUAUUUACGCUGACGCAGCUCGAGGCGGAUGGCCGCAGCCAGCCGAUCGACUCGACAGCGCUUAGCGUAGAGGCGAUGGCGAUGCUCAUGUAUACGAGCGGCACGACGGGCGACCCGAAAGGCGUGCCCAUGACGCACGGCAACCUCAACGCGGUGCGCCACGGCAUCCUCGACCGGCUCCGGAGCAGCGAGCGGCUCACAAACGUCAUGAACAGCCACCCGAGCGGGCUCUCAUUCCUGCCGCUGGCCCACGUCGCAGAGCAGGGCAUGCACACAUCCAUGAUCUACAUUGGCGGUGCGAUUGGCUUUUACCAGGGCGACGCGCUCAAGCUGCUCGAGGACGUCCAGGCGCUGCGCCCGACGAUAUUCCUCAGCGUGCCCCGGCUCCUCAACAAGAUUUACGACAAAAUCAUGGAAGGCGCGCUCGCGGCCGGUGGCGUCAAAGCCUGGCUCUUCCAGACCGCGCUCAACACCAAGCUCGCCAACUUGAACCAAGGGUAUCAGACGCACAGCCUGUUCGACGCGCUCGUGUUCACCAAGCUCAAGAUGGCGCUGGGGCUCGACCGGUGCGAAAUUCUUUUGACGGGCGCGGCGCCGCUGUCGGCGACGGUCCUCUCGUUCUAUCGUGUCGUGCUCGGCUGCACGUGCUUGGAGCUCUACGGGCAGACCGAGACAGGCGGCGCGGCCACGAUGACCGACCUCCGCGAACUCGACGCCGGCAGCGUCGGCCCGCCCAUGGUGUCGACCGAGAUCAAGCUCGUCUCAGUGCCCGACAUGAAGUACAACGUCACCGACUCAGUGCAUGGUGAAGGCGACGCGGCCAUCGCUGUCAAGGGUCGCGGUGAAGUGUGCUUUCGCGGUCCGACCGUCUUUUCCGGGUACUUUAAAGCGCCGGCGAAGACGGCCGAGGUGCUCGACGAAGACGGCUGGCUGCACUCGGGCGACAUUGGCGUCUGGACGACCGACGGCCGACUCAAGCUCGUCGACCGCAAGAAGAACAUUUUCAAGCUCGCGCAGGGCGAGUACGUGGCGCCCGAGAAGAUUGAAAACGUGUUGCAGACGUCGCCGCUCGUUGCCCAAGCUUUCGUCUAUGGCGAUAGCCUCCAUGCGAGUCUGGUGGCCAUCAUCGUGCCCGAAGAGUCGGCGCUCCCUCCACUCGCCGCGACGCUCAAGGUCCCGGGCUCGUUUCUCGACUGGUGCAACUCGCCAGCGGUGACCAAAGCGGUGCUCUCGGACCUUCAGCGCGUCGGGCGCGAGAACGGGCUCCUCGGCUUUGAGCUCGUGCGGGCCAUCGCGCUGGACCCGACGCCGUUCUCGGUUGAGAACGACCUUUUGACGCCGACGUUCAAGCUCAAGCGCCACGACGCUAAGCGCGCCUUUGCCUCCCGCAUCGAUGCGCUCUACGCGUCUGGCGUCUCGGUCGUCGCCGGUCACGCAGCCAAGCUCUGAGUUUGCAAGAGUGUCUGCAUGUCGUAAUAUAAGGACGUACUAUAAAAAAUUGCCCCUUCGUCAUCAC